AUGACUCACGCGUGUAGUAUGAAAGAUUACAUACCCAGUCUGCAAUAUCGUGACCAAGCAGUGCAUUCAAGAAGGAAGACUUCCCAUGGCCUGCGUCUCCAUGUAGUGCAAUUUUUGUGGGUUUCAUCUCGCUUGGAGGAGAUCGGAGUUUAUCGGAAUAUCUCAGCAGGUACUGUUGUUCCUCAUCCUUUUUCGUUUCACAAGCUCUAUGUCUGGAUGGUACAUUGGGAGUUUGGGUAAAGGUCGCUUGUCAAGAUUGUAUGCAACUGAUCUGUCGGAAUCGUCAUAGAUGUCCGCGUCGGAGUUGUCCUCAGCUUCCAUAUUUUCGGCUGCGUGGAUUUGAGUAUAUGUUUAAUGAAAGUGGCC